ACACCACAAACUUGAAGAACACGAACACCUCGCAAUUUAUGCAGCUGUCAGCACUUGCUCUAGGGCUUUUCGUCUUGUUUGCUACACAAGGCGCGGCGCAAUCCGGAGGGUGCAAUUGCACGUCCCCUACCGGCUGCCCUGGAUUGUGCUCUCAGAUCGACGGAAGCUCGUAUUGCAGUAACGAUUGCGGUUAUCCCGGGAAUGUCCCUUGUGCAGUCUGCGCAGGCGAGAGCGGCAACUGCUAUUUCGAUACCAACGGCGUGUGCCAAUUAUUCACAAUCUAGUGGUACAAAUGCAGCACUCAGACGGUUUCUUGAUUAAUAACAUUACACUACC